AUGGCCGGGCUCAUGCUGAAGCGGACGGAGGCCUGCGCUAUGGCCCGGCUCAUUGCCCGCCGGGCUCAUUGCCAGCCAGACCCGGGGCUCGGUGCGACUCGGCCGCCAGAGAAGGAGACCGAGACCUGGAUCUAUGUGAAGGAGGAGAAGGCGGCUGCUCCCCCGUUGCUUCUGCCCCGGGCUGAGAAAACGGAGGUACUCAGUGAAGACCUGUUGCAGAUCGAGAGACGUCUUGACACUGUGAGAUCUGUUUGCCAUAUUGCACAGAAGCGAUUAAUUGCGUGUUUUCAGGGCCAGCAUGGUACAGAUCCUGAGAAGAGACAUAAGAAGCUUCCUCUGACAGCUCUUGCUCAAAACAUGCAAGAAGGAUCUGUCCAGCUAAGUGAUGAAACUCUGCUGGGGAAAAUGCUAGAUACCUGUGGUGAUGCAGAGAAUAAGCUGGCAAUGGAGCUGUCUCAGCACGAAGUACAAAUCGAAAGAGAAGUUUUAGAUCCACUGUAUCAACUAACAGAGACAGAGAUCCCAAACAUUCAGAAGCAGAGGAAGCAGCUUGCAAAGCUGGUGUUGGACUGGGAUUCUGCAAGAGGGAGAUAUAACCAAGCCCACAAGACUUCAGGAACAAAUUUUCAAGUGCAUCCUUCGAAAAUAGAAUCUCUUAAGGAAGAGAUGGAUGAAGCUGGAAAUAAAGUCGAACAAUGCAAGGAUCAGCUAGCUGCAGACAUGUAUAACUUUGUGUCCAAAGAAGGGGAAUAUGCUCGAUGUUUUGUUAUGUUAUUAGAAGCACAAGCAGAUUACCAUAGAAAAGCAUUAGCAGUCAUAGAAAAGGUCCUACCCGAAAUUCAAGCCCAUCAAGACAAAUGGACUGAAAAACCAGCUUUUGGAACUCCAUUAGAAGAGCAUCUCAAGCGCAGUGGUCGUGAAAUUGCAGUCCCGAUCGAAGCCUGUGUAAUGAUGCUUUUGGAAACGGGAAUGAGAGAGGAGGGCUUAUUCAGAAUUGCUGCUGGAGCCUCCAAGUUAAAAAAGCUGAAAGCUGCCUUGGACUGUUCAACUUCCCAGCUUGAUGAAUUUUACUCUGAUCCCCAUGCUGUUGCAGGUGCCUUGAAAUCCUAUUUGCGGGAGUUGCCAGAACCUUUAAUGACCUACGGGCUGUAUGAAGAGUGGACACAAGCUGCAAAUAUUCAGGACCAGGAUAAGAAGUUACAGGAGUUAUGGAGAAUUUGUAACCGACUACCUAAGCAUUAUCAUGCUAAUUUCAGGUAUUUAAUCAAAUUUUUAGCAAAGCUUGCACAGAACAGUGAUGUUAACAAAAUGACACCCAGCAAUGUCGCAAUAGUCUUGGGCCCCAACUUACUGUGGGCGAAGAACGAAGGAUCCCUUGCUGAAAUGGCAGCAGCGACUUCAGUCCACGUGGUAGCAGUGAUUGAGCCAAUUAUUCAGCACGCAGACUGGUUCUUCCCUGGAGGUAAAUUCUUGCCAUAGUUAAAAGCAUUUUGUAUUUGCGAUAACCCUAUGCCACACUUGGCACACACUGGGGGCGAAUACGAAUCUGGGACACUGGAACGGAAGAGGCCUCUGAGUAUGACUGUGAUGGAAGGGGAUUUAUUGAAGAAAGAAAGCUUUGGUGUCAAGGUUAUGGACUUCCAAGCGAAUCCUCGGAGAUGUGGCACUAUAAAUAGAAAGCACACAUCCCCAGCUUUCCAGCCACCACUUCCACCCACGGAGGCUGGCGUGCUGGCUCAGUCGGGAGCGGAGCAGCACUCACAAGCUUCUGUGGCUGAAACAAGCCCAGUGGGUGCUGGUUUUGCUCUCUCUGCUGGCACAGCAGAACAGUUACAAAGUCAAGGAAAUGAGGACGUCAGUACCUCAAAAUCUAAGGACAACACGUCUUCAGUUACUCCUCCACCCGUGAGAAAUGGCGGGCAUGCAGGCACCGUCCAGAGCCAGUCCACAAGCAGCACUAACCAGCUUGCUGUGAAUCAGCCGCAGAACGCAGCAGGUCCCAGUCCCCAUUUGAUGAGGAGAGCUGUUAAGAAGCCUGCGCCAGCCCCUCCCAAGCCAGCCAACCCACCGCCAGCGCAGCCAGCGAGCCAAAGUCCUGCCCCAGCUGCGCAGCCACCUUCUGUCUCUCCAAAGCCACCUGCUAGAAGUUCUUCUCCUCCUGCUCAGCAUGCAAACCAAGGAGCAGCUCAGACCUCCGCUUCGCAGGUUUCCGCACCUCGGAGAUACUCCAGCAGCCUCUCCCCCAUACAGGCUCCCAGCCAUCCACCACCACAGCCCCCAACACAGGCGACUCCUCCACUGCAGCCCAAAUCAAACAGUCAAGCAUCUCCUCCUGCUGCAUCCAGCAGCGAGCAUGGACUAGAGCAGCCCUGCUACACUCCUCCGCAGACUCCAACACCGCCCGAUACACCCCCUCUAGGAAAACAUAAUGCUAGUUCCCCAUCGCCACAGCCAUCUAACCAAGAAAGCUCCCGGUCUCACUCUCCACCUCAGAGUGGGACACUGCCAAGGCCACGGCCGGUACCCAAACCCAGAAACAGACCUAGUGUUCCCCCUCCGCCUCAUCCUCCUUCUCAGCUGGCUGGAGAUGGUAUUAUUGCAAAUCUCACGCAAACGGCUUCCAAAAUAGUAACAGGUGGGGAUGGUUACUGCGAAUAAGACUCCAGUUCCAGUAUUCAAGAACCACUUCAAACCCCUUCUUCAGAGCUCCUUACAGAGACAGCGAGCAAAGAACUGCACAACCACCUCGUGCUCGAUAUUGACAAUGACACGGAAAGCACUGCUCUGUAAUGGAAA